AUGAAUCUUGAUGGUAUACGCGUUCCUGUAGUUUAUGAACCAACAAGGUUUUACGUUGCAAUGGUUGGCUUAGGUACAUUUCCUGGUAUACGACCACCAUUCAUGAAUUACUAUUUGAUGGUUGAUUCAGGUAGUGAUCAGACAUGGCUUCAAUGCGAAGGUGCAACUAAAGAUUUCAAUCAAAAUAUGCCACUUUAUCCUUGGAGGUCGUCAACUACAUAUCGUCAUGUUCCUUGUAAUACGCAUCCUCUUUGCAAGGGAGAUAAAUGCAAUGCUGAUGGAGAAUGCACUUACUUAUCAAGAUAUGCGAGUGGAUCAGUUACAUCUGGUAUUGUUGCUAAAGAAAAAUUCACUCUAAGAUCCGGUACUGGUGGCCUUGAAAAAGAUAUAAGUGUAGCAAACAAAAGAGUAAGAUUUCCUAGAGGUACUUUCAAGCUUAACAGUCAAGGAAAAGGAGGUACUAUCAUAGAUUCUGGUACACCAAUAUCUAUGAUGUAUAAAGAUCACUUUGAUAGAGUUGCAGAUUUGGUGAAGGCACAUUUUAACGAGCUUGGAAUUGAAUAUAUUGGUUCUAUAAAAAAAUUUGACGUAUGUUUCCGUUUACGGGGAAGAUUUGAUAUUAGUAACUAUCCUUCUAUAACACUUCAUUUUCAACAAGCCGAUUAUAUUAUUCAAGAUUAUAGAGCUAAUUUCUUAAUGGCAACCGUUGAAACUGUUACCAUGGUUGAAAUCUCAGAAGCUGAUUCUGAUUUUAAUCUUCCAGUUGUAAAUGGAGUGGCAUCACAAAUGGGACCUCCCCCUCCACAUCCACCGCGUUCUGGACAAGUGCAUGGACCAUCAGCAGGGAUAGAGAAGAUAUUUGGUGACCUUGCUGCUUCUUCCAUCAUCAUAGAAUAA